UCCCAAGCCUUGGAUGCAACGACUCGUUGAGGCAAUAUUACGAUUCUGGACGGCGACAGUCAAACUCACGAUGCGCAUUACCGGCAGCGACUCGCCCCAUUCGUUUGCCGAGGCCUACUCCGCGGUCUCCACCUGGGCACAAACUCCACGCUAUGGAUUACACGUCAUAAGACCCAAACUGCUCCUGUCGUCAAUCGUGUAACUAGCACCCCUUUACCGCAAGACCUUUCCUCGCAUCUUAUAGUCAAAAUUUCCCUACCUCCAGUUCUCUCGUCAGUAUUGCAGAAUACCAAAGCUCUAUACUAUUCACCGACAUAGCCCCGUGUCUCAUUCAAUCACGAUGGCCGAGGGACGCUGCAACUGCGGAAGCAUCAAAGUUUCUAUGCCUUCUAUGCCUGAGCAGUCCGCUAUUUGCUACUGCGCAAACUGCCGCCGCGCAGGAGGAAGCAUUGGAUCGAUUGUGUACAUUCUCGACAGUCCUGAAGUCACAAUCAACGAUCCCAGCAACAACCUUAAGAGCUAUAAAGACAACGAUACGAAGAGCGGAAAUCCGAUUACCCGUCAAUUCUGCGGCACCUGCGGAUGUCCGAUCACAUCUUUACUGGCAGGUGAUAAGAUUGCGUUGAAGGGUGGAUUGUUUGACAAGAUUCCCGUUCCGGGAUACAAGUCUUUUGAGCAGGAGGAACCGAGCUGGAUGAAGAUUGUCUAGCGCUCAAAAGA